UCAGAGCACCACAGCACCCGAAGACGCAGCAGUGAGCGGUACCAAGGCCAGAGCAUGGAGCUGCCAGAUCCGGUCCGCCAGAGGCUGGGAAACUUCAGCCGGACCGUGUUCAGCGACUCCAGCCGGACCGGGCCGGAGUAUAACGAGGGUCCGGAUAAUGAAAUGGUUUCCAGUUUGGCAUUGCAGAUGUCACUUUAUUUUAACACUUAUUUUUUCCCACUUUGGUGGGUGAGCAGCAUUAUGAUGCUUCAGAUGAAGUAUUCAAUCUUGCCUGAUUACUACAGAUUCAUUGUGGUCACCGUUAUCAUCCUAAUAACCUUAAUUGAAGCUAUCAGGUUGUAUCUGGGCUACAUGGGGAACCUGCAGGAGAAGGUUCCUGAGUUGGCUGGCUUUUGGCUUUUGAGCCUUCUACUGCAGUUGCCUUUAAUUCUGUUCUUGCUCUUCAAUGAAGGCCUAACGAAUCUGCCCUUGGAAAAAGCAGUACAUAUCAUCUUCACUAUAUUCCUUACUUUCCAAGUUGUUUCAGCAUUUCUUACCCUAAGGAAAAUGGUAAAUCAGUUGGCAACUCGUUUCCACCUCCAAGACUUUGACCGGCUCUCUGUGAGCAGAGGAGACAUGAGAAGAGUGAGAUCCUGUAUAGAAGAGAUUUGACCCAGUGCUGUUGAGUGAAAAAUCUGAAAGAUCAUUCUAGAAAACUGCAGGAAUUAGGAAAACACCAGAGGGCUAGCACGAGAAAAAGGAUAAAGCAAGUGUUCUGAACUGUAUGCUCUCUGGCUCUGAAAUUCCAAGGUUGGGGGCAAUGAUAAGACUAUUUGUACAUCACAUGAAAGCAGUAAAUCAACCCUAAAGCCUACGUGUUGUCUACCUGAUGUCAAAUAUCUGAAUUUUUUGUUGUUGUCGACUUUUUCAGGUGUGUAAAAACCUGUAUUGGUGGCAUUACAUCUUUAUUGUAAUAUUUCUAGUUAGUACCUAUAACUAGAAAUGUGUAUAUUUCUUUUAAUCUUGUUGGCUAUCUAUGUGUUGGCAGUAUGUCUGAAGCACAUGGAAAUGCUUGUCAGUAUUCUGAUGUAUUAGACUACAUCUGUAAACUAAGACACCAGAUUUUCAUGUCUGCUAGGGUCUUAGCUGUUAUACUGAGGUUAAGAAGAAACCAGGUGGAUUAUCAUGCUAUUUAAGAAAUGUUUUUAUUCUAAAAUUGUUACUUUCAUAAAACCGCAUUCAGGGACUUCCCUGGCAGUUUGGUGGUUAAGACUUCGCCUUCCAGUGCAGGGGAUGCAGGUUUGAUCCCUGGUCGGGGAGCUAACAUCCCCCAUGCCUCACGGCCAAAAAACCAAAACAUGAAACAGAAGCAAUAUUGUAACAAAUUCAAUAAAGACUUUAAAAGUGGUCCACAUCAAAAAAAUCUUUCAAAACAAUAAAUAAGUAAAUAAAACUGUGUUUGGCACCAAGGGGGGAAAACUGCAGUGGGGUGGGGAUGGUGGUGUGCUGAAUUGGGCGAUUGGGAUUGACAUGUAUACACUGAUGUGUAUAAAACUGAUGCCUAAUAAGAACCUGCAGUAUAAAAAAACAAACAAAACAACUAAUACUAAACUU